UUUGUGAAUGAUGAACAUGGAUUAAACGGACUAUGACUGUUACUUUUCACAUGGCAGGGCGGUGGAAAAGUAAUUUCUCUGAUGGUUACAUGUGUGGACUAAACCCCUGUCUUGAGUUUCAUCGGAACAGAGAAAGAAGACAGAAGGUGUACAGUGGCCAUGGAGGCUGUAUUUCACUCUCUCUUCUCUACAGCUGGCCAGAUGCCUUGGUUUCUUCUGACACUGUUAACAUCAUGGACAGUCCUGUGUUCAGCAGAUAUAAAGCAGACAAGAUGGCCAUUAUAUUCCCAGAAGCCUGUUCUUCUUGCCUGGAAUGCCCCAACACAGGAGUGUGCCCCGCGACAUCGCGUAACUUUAUCUCUGGACCAGUUUGACAUUGUAGCAUCCCCCAAUGAGGGCUUUGUCCGACAGAACCUUACUAUUUUCUACAAGGAGCGCCUCGGGCUGUAUCCCUAUUAUGAGCGUGAUGGCACUGCAGUGAAUGGAGGCCUUCCACAGCUCGCCAGCCUCACUCAGCACUAUGCAAAGAUGCCUGAAGGUGUGCAGAAAUAUAUACGUGAGUCGGAUGCAAAAGGUUUGGCUGUUAUUGACUGGGAGGAGUGGCGCCCGUUGUGGAUCCGAAAUUGGGAUACUAAGGAUAUUUAUCGAAAUAAAUCCCGUGUAAUGGUGGCCAAAAAGAACCCUAAGUGGACCCCAGAACAAGUGGGAAAAGUUGCACAGCAGGAAUUUGAGCUCUCGGCUCGCAAAUUCAUGCUGGAGACUCUGAAACUUGCAAAGAAUUUGAUGCCCAAUCAACUGUGGGGCUUCUACCUGUUUCCAGAUUGUUACAACCAUGACUACAGGAGUGGCCUUAAGGACUACACAGGACGCUGCCCGGCGGUGGAAAUGUCCCGCAAUGAUCAGCUUAACUGGUUGUGGAUGGAGUGCACUGCACUCUUCCCAUCUGUGUAUAUCGGUUCUGUGCUUAAAUCUACAAAUUAUGGCCGCCUGUUUGUUCGCAACAGGGUGAUGGAGGCAAUGCGCCUGGCAUCUGUUGGGGAUGGAUUAGCACGCCCUGUGUUUGUUUACACCCGGCCUACAUACAUCAAUCAGAUGACCCUCCUUACUGAGGAAGAUCUGGUCUCCACCAUUGGUGAGAGUGUUGCACUUGGAGCAGCAGGUGUUAUCUUCUGGGGGGACACAUCCUAUGCCAGCAACGAUGCCAGUUGCUCCACCCUAAAUGAAUAUCUUCAGGGACCGCUGGGCCGGUACCUGCUUAAUGUGUCAACAGCAGCCGAACAGUGCAGUCAGGUGCUUUGUAAAUCUCACGGUCGCUGUCAGCGUGCAUUACCAGACAGUGAAGUGUACCUCCAUCUCAGCCCCAUAACCCACACCAUCAUCAGUCAGGGUGGUCAGUUGAAGGUCACCGGCGUGCCAAGCCAAGCUGAGCUGACUCUUUUUCAUACACACUUCAAGUGCCAAUGCUACAGUGGGUACAGAGGUGAGAGCUGUGCUCAGAAAGAAAAAGGGCAGAAUAAAGCCUCCUCUGUCUUCGGAACCUGGCCUCUUUGCUUUUUACUCCCACUAGGACUCCUCACUCUGCUCCAGUAAGGAAACUGAAAAGCCCAAAUUAUUCACUGCUUCUGCCCGCUCUGAAAACGACAGUUAAGUCUUUUUGACAUAAAAGACUUAGUGAAAGUUACUGAGCACUAGUGAUACAGAUGAAGAUCAUCCUGUGGUCGGUUUUCCCAGUAAAACAGGAGCUUAUGAUCUCAGCACAUAGGUCCGUCCAAGAAAAAUAUUUGUUUCUAACAGGCUGCACUGAAAGAUCUCCAAUCUCAUUCAUCAAUAUUGCAAGUGGUCAUUAACUGAUACCAGUGUAUGCCAAAAAUUAAACCAAUCCCUGCUCCAUGCUGACCUUGACCUCCAGAUGAGGAUAAACUGUCACUCCGUGUUCAUAUGGAAUACAAAGUCUUUGUGGGACGGUCCCCACAAUGAAAUGCCUUAUGAAUAAAGACUGCUUAACCUCAAGUUUUUUUUUUUUUUAAUGUAUCUUUUUUUUAAUGAUGGACAAGAUCUUAAAGUGGGAGAAAAGUGGCUUAAGGUGUUCUGCUUUUGGAUAGUGCUGCCUAAACUCAGCAUUUUAGUUUUUAUCUAUUUAUGUAUCAUGCCAAGACAUUUACCUUUGUGACUGAAAUAUAAAUAUUUUAAUUAUGUAAAAAAAAAAGUGAUCAAUUAUGACAAAUGCAGCCUUCAAAGUCCAACUGAAUUUUUUUUUU